GUUGAUACAGAACACUUUCACUAGUGGAGCAGUUGAUACAGAACACAGACGCACAGACACAAAACACACUGCUCGAGAAUGCUGCUCUCACUGUGUGCAGUAAUUGGUGGAAUUCUAAUAACCUUCUCAGUUAACGAAGGCCUCUGUUCAGACUUCAGUCCAGACUAUGAGGACUAUGCUGAGUAUGGGAAUGAGACCAUCUCAUGCCCUCUCACUGUGACAAUAGAGGGCAACGGUUCGGUCUCCUUCUCAGCAGGGGGCAGUGUGGGCAGCCAGCUCACCUUCCACUGUCCCUCCGGGCACUACCCUUACCCAGUGAGCCGCAGGACGUGCCAGAGCAGCGGGGAGUGGAGCAGGAUGAGGUCACCGCAGGGCCGCACUGUCCGGACUGCCAGCUGCAGAGAGCUGCGCUGCCCCCCCCAGCUGUCCUUUGAGAACGGGCUCUUCUUCCCUCGCCAGGCCUCCUUCGCCCCGGGGGAGACGCUGCACUUCGAGUGCCAGACGGGAUCCACCCUGCGAGGGUCCGCCAUCCGAAACUGCACCCACAGGGGGACGUGGACUGGGCACACCCCCGUCUGUGAGGAUGGAGUGAAUGACUGUCCUGACCCUGGGAUCCCUGUGGCCUCUCUGAAAACGGGUUCUCGGUACUCCGUGGGGGACCGGGUUCAGUACCGCUGCCAGAGCGGACUGGUUCUGAUCGGGUCCAAAGAAAGGGAGUGCCUGGAGAGAGGAGAGUGGAGCGGAACAGAACCAGCCUGCUACUCAAGGUUCGUGUUUGACUCCCCUGAGGAAGUUGCCUCUUUCUUCGGAUCCUCUCUUUCUGCAGUGAUGGACGUCUCGACCUCAGACAAGCCACAGCAUGCGUCGUACGGCAGGAGGGUGCAGAUCACAGAUGACGGGAAGCUCAACAUUUAUAUCCUGCUGGAUGCAUCGGGCAGCAUCAGCACAAAGGACUUUAAAGAGGCAAAGAACGCCACCAUCAGCCUCAUAGAGAAAUUAGACACGUACGAAGUCAGAAUGAACUUCGAGAUCAUUUCCUAUGCUUCUGAAGUGAAAGAGAUUGUUUCCAUGAUGGAUCCUGUGGUCAGUACUGACAUGGACUCUGUGUUGGAGCUGCUGUCUGAUUUCAAACACUUAGAGCACGUCGGUAAAACUGGUACGAACCUGAGAGCCGCGCUGGAGAAGGUGUACGAGACGAUGGCUUUUCUGAAACAAAGAGAACCAAAGCUGUUCAACGAAACCAGACACGUCCUUCUCAUCUUAACAGAUGGUAAAUCCAAUACUGGUGGGAAUCCAUUACCAGCACUGUCCAAAAUCAGAUCCCUGCUGGGGAUUGAAAAAGGACGAGACUCCAACAAACGGGAUGAUUAUUUAGAUGUCUAUGUGUUCGGGGUGGGGGAUAAUGUGGACCAGGAGGAGCUCAAUUCCAUGGCGUCUAAGAAAUCUAAAGAGAAACACGUGUUCCUGCUGAAGGACAACCAGGACCUGCGGCGGGUCUUUGACGAAAUGAUCCAGGACAGCUCCUCCAGUGUGUGUGGGAUUGCUCGUGACGUCACAGCCAAGUCGGCAGGAGACUCCAAGCACUUUGGCAACAUGACUCACCCCUGGCACGUGCAGGUCCACAUCCCUCAACACAUAGAGAGUGUGGGCGCCAAAUGUAUGGGCUCCAUAUUGUCAGAGAAUUGGGUUCUGACGGCCGCGCAUUGCUUCAGAGAAUACGAUGUGCAGAACCCAGAGAAAGUCUCCAUUACCCACGGAGGUGAUGUGGGUGUCAACGCUGCUUCUAUUGAAAUGCACCAUGAGUACAAGGUCAGAGCUCUGCAGUCGAGGGGCAUCAAGGAGUUUUACGAUUAUGACAUCGCGUUAAUUAAACUCAAAAACAAAAUCAAGAUAUCGGAGAAAGUCAGACCCAUUUGUUUGCCAUGCACUCAAGCAGCAACGCGCGCACUGAAGAAAGUCUCCACAGCAACGUGCCAGGAUCACGAGAACGAGCUCUUGAAUCGGAACGAGGUCCUGUCAGGAUUUAUAUCUGAGGAGAAGAACAAGAAAGAACAGGAUCAAAAGAUUACGGACAAGAAGACGACCUAUAUUCAACAUGGAGACAAGCUCUGUGCCUGUGUCGAGAAGGCGAUGGAGGCACGCAUUUAUGAAAAUGUGACGAGAGUUUCUGAAGUUGUGACGGACAGAUUCCUGUGCACUGGAGGAUCAAGUCUGUUUAAGGAGUCGAUAACUUGUAAAGGCGAUUCCGGUGGUUCUCUAUUUAUUCAGAAGAAGCGCAGAUAUUUCCAGGUGGGAGUCAUAAGCUGGGGCACCAUGGAUGUGUGCGACCUGAGAGACACGCCCCCCGCCAACGCACGAGACUUCCACAUCAGCAUCUUCAAAGUGUUGCCGUGGCUACAGAAGCACUUGGCCAGCGACAUCGACUUCCUGCCGAAAACGGAACUUAAGGAAGGGGAGGAGCUUAUCUCCAUGUGUGAGAAAUAGAUGCUCGGGUCUCCAUAGGAAAUUUUCUGCAAUGCGUGUUUAAUUUAUGGAAUUUUAAUCAAUUAAAAUAUUAUAUUAAAAUA